UAUUUCCGUGGCCAGGUCGCCCUAGGCUUCUGGGCUUCGCCCUUCCUGCCUGUGAAAUGGACUUCACAUGACUGCUGAUGGGAAUGGCUCAGUCUGCGCGCUACUCCUCCGGGACUACAAGUCCCAAGGUGCUGGAGGCGACCCCGGCUCCCCCGCCCCUCCGGGACCCGCCUCCCUUCAGCCGGAGUCACGUUGUCUAACCUGUUCCCGGAGCCUGCCCCGCCCCGUCCUCGGCUCCCCGCCACCCGAGUCGGAGCCGGAGCUGGAGGAACCCCCCUGGUGCCAGGAUCUGCCCCGGAUCCGCGCCCCGCUCCGGCAGGCACCAUGGACAGCGAGGCAUUCCAGAGCGGAGGGGACAUUCUGGACCUGAACUUCCAGUCUCUGGCCAUGAAGCAUAUGGACUUGAAGCAGAUGGAGCUGGACACGGCGGCGGCCAAGGUCGACGAACUGACCAAACAGCUGGAGUCACUGUGGUCAGACUCUCCGACGCCACCUGGCUCUCAGGCUGGAGCCCCCCCUAGGCCUCAGAUGCUCCGGUAUAGCUCCAGCCCGGUCUCCGAGCCUUUCAGCAGCCGCGGGUCCUCCUGGAGGGCGACCAGCGACAGCACAGACACCCCGUUCGGACGCUCUGAGAGCGCCCCGACUCUGCUCCCCUACAGCUCGCUGUCCGCUAAGGGCCGGCCGUCAUCACCGCGCACCCCGCUGUACCUGCAGCCAGACGCCUACGGCAGCCUGGACCACGCGCCCUCGUCCCGGCCCCGCGCCUUCGAUGGCGCAGGCGGCUCCCUCGGCCGUGCGCCUUCCCCACGGCCCGGCUCGGGCCCGCUCCGCCAGCAGGGUCCCCCCACGCCCUUCGACUUCCUGGGCCGCGCCAGCUCCCCCCGUGGCAGCCCCCUGGCCGAGGGACCCCAGGUCUUCUUCCCGGAGCGCGGGCCCUCGCCUCGCCCAGUGGCCGCCUACGACGCGCCAGCUGCCUUUGGGAGCCCCCUGCUGGGCAUGGGCAGCAGUGCCCUCGCCCCGCCUCUGCGCGCCCAGGAUGACCUGAUGCUGCGACGGCGGCCUCCCAAAGCCUGGAACGAGUCGGACCUGGACGUGGCGUACGAGAAGAAGUCUUCCCGGACAGCCAGCUACGAACGCUUAGACGUCUUCACGAGGCCCUCCUCCCCGAGCCUGCAGCUGCUACCUUGGAGAGAGAGCAGCCUGGAUGGGCUGGGGGCCGCCGGCAAGGACAACCUCACCAGCGCCACCUUGCCCCGCAAUUACAAGGUCUCCCCUCUGGCCAGUGACAGGCGUUCCGAUGUGGGCAGCUACCGCCGAUCGCUGGGCUCCGCGGGGCCAUCGGGCACUUUGCCCCGGAGCUGGCAGCCUGUCAGCCGCAUCCCCAUGCCCCCUUCCAACCCCCAGCCCCGCGGCGCCCCCCGCCAGCGCCCCAUCCCCCUCAGCAUGAUAUUUAAGCUGCAGAACGCCUUCUGGGAGCACGGGGCCAGCAGAACCAUGUUCCCUGGCUCCUCCAUCUCCAGAGCUCCUCCACCCAAAAUGCCUCCCCAGCCCCAGGCACCACCCCAGCCCCAGCCUCAGCCCCAGCCCCAGCCCCAGCUCCAGCCCCAGCCCCAGCUGCCCCCGCAGCCCCAGUCACAACCACAGCCCCAGCUCCAGCCCCCUGCCCCAGUGCCCCAGAUCCCCCAACAAACCUGGAGUGAAGGCACCCCCAAAGCCCCUGCUGAGCUGGAGCCUGAACCAGAGCUGGAGGGGCUGCUGGCGCCAGUGCUGGAGGCUGGCGAUGUAGAUGAAGGCACUGUGACUCGGCCCCUCAGCCCCACGCGACUGCAGCCAGCACUGCCACCCGAGGCGCAGUCGGUGCCGGAGCUGGAGGAGGUGGCACGGGUGCUGGCGGAGAUUCCGCGGCCCCUCAAACGCAGGGGCUCUAUGGAGCAGAGCCCUGCCGUAGCCCUCCCCCCCACCCACAAGAAGCAGUACCAGCAGAUCAUCAGCCGCCUCUUCCAUCGGCAUGGCGGGCCUGGGGGGCCUGAGCCCGAUCUGUCCUCCAUCUCUGAGGGAUCCGAGGCCAGGUCAGGGCCCCCCGCCCCUGCCCCACCGGCUCCCAUGCCGCCCCCGGCCCCGCCCCAGAGCAGCCCCCCAGAGCAACUGCAGAGCAUGGAGAUGCGCUCGGUGCUAAGGAAAGCCGGAUCCCCUCGCAAGGGCCGUCGCGCUCGUCUCAACCCGCUGGUGCUUCUUCUGGACGCUGCGCUGACCGGGGAGCUGGACGUGGUGCAGCAGGCGGUGAAGGAGAUGAACGACCCAAGCCAGCCCAACGAGGAGGGCAUCACGGCCCUGCACAAUGCCAUCUGUGGCGCCAACUACCCCAUCGUGGACUUCCUCAUUGCGGCCGGAGCCAACGUCAACUCCCCCGACAGCCAUGGCUGGACACCGUUGCACUGCGCAGCUUCGUGCAACGACACGGCCAUCUGCACGGCCCUGGUGCAGCACGGCGCAGCCAUCUUCGCCACCACACUCAGUGACGGUGCCACUGCCAUCGAGAAGUGCGACCCCUACCGCGAGGGUUACAACGACUGCUUCACUUACCUGGCAGACGUGGAGCAGAGCAUGGGGCUGAUGCACAACGGGGUGGUGUACGCGCUCUGGGACUACAGCGCCGAGUUCGGGGACGAGCUGUCCUUCCGCGAGGGCGAGUCGGUCACCGUGCUGCGGCGGGACGGGCCGGAGGAGACGGACUGGUGGUGGGCCGCGCUGUAUGGCCAAGAGGGCUACGUGCCAAGGAACUACUUCGGGCUCUUCCCCAGGGUGAAGGCCCAGAGGAAUAAGGUCUAGCCGGAGAGAAGAAUGUUUUCUGGGGAGCCGGGAGGAAGCAGCUUGGCCUUCGCUCCGGACCUCCGGCUCCAUUACUGCUGCGCCUCCCUGCGCCACUAACCCUUCAGGGGCGGGAUUCUUGCCCCCAGCUCUCUGCUUCCCUGGAAGCCCAGGGGAGAAGGAGAACCUUAGCCUUAAGUGUAGAAAUCUGCCUUAGCUGUGGGAGGUCGCUGUGAGGCUGGGAAUCACUGGGGGCAAGAGAGACUCCCCCUACAUUUGCCAACUCAGGCCCCCUCUACUGGACAAACCAGAUACCAUCCAAAGUGCCCCCCAACUCCCACUGCAGACACCUCCCCACACUCCUCAAAGCAAGUCAACCCACCAUCCCAGUAGGACAGGCCACCUCCACUGGCUUUACCUGGGAGUCACCUCUGCCCCCAUUUCUCCCAGCAGCCUUUGUGGGGACCAGGUGAGGCACAUGGGUGUCUCUACGAGGAUCCCUGCUCCCGCUCUCCCCAACCACGUGCCUUCAUACAGUGCCGGUUUGACAACAAAGUGGGGAAGUUUUUCUUAAUAAAUAAAGGUAGUUUGCUGAAUUCCA